AGGUCUUUGCCGCUUCGGGAUAUGAACGAUAUACAAUCUAUUCCUUUCAUUAUAAAUAAAAACUUAAAAAACUUUCAGAUUGUAAUAGCUCUUGAAGCUUCAGGGCAGCAGUUUAUUUGGGUUGUCAGGAAAGACAAGAAAGCUAGAGAUAAAGAGGAAUGGUUGCCUGAGGGAUUUGAGAAAAGAAUGGAAAGCAAGGGACUGAUUAUAAGAGGAUGGGCGCCACAAGUAGUGAUUCUCGAUCACGAAGCUAUAGGGGGGUUUGUGACUCAUUGCGGGUGGAAUUCGACCAUUGAAGGCAUAGCUGCCGGGAAGCCAAUGGUAACAUGGCCAGUUUCCGCAGAGCAAUUCUUUAAUGAGAAGCUGGUGACUGACGUGCUAAAAAUUGGUGUGGCUGUUGGUGUUCAACAUUGGGUUACAGUAUACGGGGAUAAAAUUACGAGUGGAGCCGUAGAAAAGGCCGUAACUCGAAUCAUGACAGGUGAAGAAGCAAAGGAAAUGAGAAGCAGAGUUGAGGCCCUUGGAGGAAUGGCAAAGAGGGCUAUCGAAGAAGAUGGUUCAUCUUACUCUAAUUUGAAUGCUCUAAUUGAAGAAUUAAGAGGCAGGCGCCACUGAAAACAAGCAAGCAGUAGGAAGAUUUCAGAUUUUUACAGGGAACUUGAUUUUAUAGAAUGUUGUUUAGUGAGAGAGGAGAGCGCAUGCUGCUGAUGAAUUAUUACAUGCUUUGAACCCUUACCAUCUCCCUUAAUCUCUUUCUUUUAUGGUUGAUCGCCAGCUCUCAUCCAGCGCUUCUUGUAUGGAAACAAACUGCAUGCUUCAGUGAAAUUUGGUGCAGUGUGAAUAAGCCAUUCUCUGCUCACAAAGCUUGGUUAUAAAGCGAAGCAGAGGUUGAAGAAGCUCCCGAAUACAUAACAGAAAAACAUAUCUUGAUAUAUUUUUAAAUAAAAAAUACCUGCUUACUGCUGCUGCUGUAUAAAGUUUUGUAUUUUGUACUCCAAUUUUUUAAAAGCGUCAAAAUUAUGCAUCCUGAAA